CACAAUCGACGCCGAAACCCCGCGAAUUCCUCCGUCGGCGAUCGACGGCGCGGCGGCGUGAAGCGGCGAGGCGUCGGGCGUCGCGAGUUGCGUGCAGUUGCGUGAGGCACGACGCUGGUUCGUUCGUUCGUCGGUAAUUCGGUGAUUCAGUCUCGCGAAAAUAUCCGUCCGUGCCUCCUGCGAUGACGCCGAAAGCCAGCGGCGCUGAUCCGCAACGCGACACGGCCGCGAUCUAAACAUGUGCAUUCGAGUUAAAGUACAGGAUUAUUAUUUGGAAAUCUGCGCGAGACGAAAAUUCUAAAGGAAAUUCAGCUCAAAAUUUUUUCCACUCUGGUGUUGAGAUGGACUCUCAGCAACAGCAGUUUUGCCUGAAAUGGAACAGUUUCGGUUCGAAUCUCGCCACCUCGUUCAGCAACUUGUUCAAAUCGGAGAGCCUGGCUGAUGUCACACUUUUCUGCGAUGGGGUGACGUUCCGGGCCCACAAACUAAUCCUAGCCGCAUGCAGCAAACACCUGUCUGAGCUGUUCGCGGCGACUGCCGCAUCCACACCGCCCCAUCACAACCUGCUGGUGAUCCUGGAUGGCACGUCGGCCGCCAACAUGGCUGCCCUGCUGGAGUUUAUGUACAAGGGCGAGGUGCACGUCGCGCAGGAUUCGCUGACGAGUUUCCUCAAAGCGGCCGAAUGCCUGCAGGUCAAAGGACUUUCAAUUGAGCAUGAGAAACUGGCUGUGGCGCAGUCCCAGGGACCGCAUCAGAUGCAGCAGCAACAGCAAGGUGGUGCUGCACCCGAUGGUAGUGGGGGACUAGAGUCUCCCACUAGAAAAAGGUUAAAGUUGAUAAAAGAAGAGCUCGACACCUCCCCUACGCCACCCACAAGCACCCACCAACCGCAACAACACCAGUCCUCCCCAUCGCCUAGCUACUCCCCUGCAAUGUCCCCUUAUAUGCAUCCCCAUCCAUACGGGCGGUACGAGCAGCGAAUGGCGCCUGCGUCCAGUACGGGUGGGCCAGGCAGCGGUGCAGCCACGCCCAAUUACGAAGGAGCAGGCGGAGUCAAAAGGCAGCUGCGCAGCCCCAGCGAGUUGAUGCAAGAGAGCAUUAGGGCGUCGGUGCUGAGGGACGGGAAGCAGCAACAGGGCGCGCCGCCCUUGUCACCUGGGGCGGCGGCGAGUGGACAGCAACCGGGGCAGGGCGCACCUCUAGGAUACAGAUCUUCAAAUCUACCAAACCAGCCAGGUUCGGACGAUGCUUCAGAAACAAGGUUUGAUCCAGACCCAGCAACAGCUUUAAUAUGUCCAGAAAGUAAAAAAAUAGAUAGGUGUCAAGAUCCAGGCUGUCCCGAAGACCUGCGAAUGAAGAUGGACCCCAGCAGCAUACAGCAAGACGAGUCUCCGAGCAGCACGGGUUGCAUGGGAGUAGGGGGAGGCGGUGGAGGUGGACCAAUGAACACCUCCAACGGCUCCCUACCAACCACCACCAACUUCAACGAACGGGAGCAGGAGAUACUUACCGCUACGAAUCUUUGGAAUACGGUGGGAGGAAAACCGUACCAUAAGACGGGUACCGUCAACACACCAGAUGGCAAAAAGCUGAAAUGUCCGUUCUGCGAACGUCUGUAUGGCUACGAGACCAACUUGCGCGCGCACAUCCGCCAACGCCAUCAGGGCAUCCGAGUACCUUGUCCGUUCUGUUCGAGAACAUUCACGCGCAACAACACCGUGCGCAGGCAUAUCGCGCGCGAACACAAGCACGAGAUGAGCUUAAAGGCGUUCCAACAACAGCAAGCGGCGGGAGGCGGCGCCACAGCGCAAGGACCUCCCCCACCCGGACCGCCCCCUCAGGCUAUACAGCCCUAGGGGGCGUGGCUAACCGCGCCGUGGGAGGGGCCUUUCGGGGCAUUGGCUGCCGGCGGCGGGAGGGGAAGACGCAGGCGGCUCAGCGCGUUGGUGCUCUGAAGCGACAGCGUUUUCCCGCGCAAUGACCGUCCUCGCAGUCAAUAAUAUAGCCCUAGGGGACGUGGCUUACGGCGCAUUGGCGUAGGCGGUUCAGCGCGCUAGUGCUCUGAAGCGACAUUGUGUAGGGUAACGGGUUGUGUGCGUUGUUGAGGAGGGUGUGACCUUAGAGGGAAUGGAGAUUGUUGGUUGAUGAUUUGUUGCAUUUCGAUUACGUAUUAUAAGUAGCUAGAGAUUACAUUACGAAUGAAUAUAAUUUAUCCAAUUGAUCGUUGAAUGAUUACGAAUAUUGAACUAUUCACAGUCCUGCAACUUAUCCUGCGGUCGACCUGCUGAUUCGACUCCAUGUUUAUACUGAUUAUUGGAUAAAACUACAGAUACACGUACUAAUAAUUUACUGAUAUUUCUGCCACCUUGAUAGCUUUUCUGAAAAUAAUUUGAAAUGACAAUAAACUAUUUUUUACAUCUGUGAUUUUAAUUCGAUGGAUCACAUUGUCAUAGCUAAUAUUUUGAAAAGUUAUCUUGAGGUUAUUUGCAGAAAUGUAUAUUAUAAUCCACGCAAUUUCAGACUACUUAUAAUGUGUAAUCGUUUCUGUUACAAAAACUAGUAUAUUUGGUUGUUUCUAUAAAUAUUGUUUCACCUGAACGAAAAAUAUGAAAAGCUUUUCUUCGUUAAAAUAAGAGAUAUGAUGCUCUAUAAAAAUUCAGACAUCUCAAAGAGCAGAAUAAAGAAUCUGUAUUUGAUGCAAUUAAAGAAAAAUACUGAUAAUGAAUAUUAAUCAGCGACGUGAUUUAGAUACCCGUUUAGUUCAAAAUAAUUUGAAGGCAAGUUACUAAUGUAUGCGUCAGAAUCUUUUUUUUUUUCGUAGGCUUCUUUUGGUACAAAAUGUAAACUUGUACCUGAAAAUCUACCCAUUUUAGAGGUAGUAAAGAAUGAAAAUACUCAUCUGAAGUAUGGCAAAGGUUAAAUAAAAUUUAAAAAUGCCACAUGUAUUUAUGGAAAUAACGUGUAACUGAUUAAUAUUAAUAUAAUAAUAAUGUUUUUAUUUUAAUUAUUUUUAUUCAGCGAAAAAGCGAAGAAUUUUAAUCAAGUCACAGAUAUGUCGUUCACAGUUCAUAUGAAAAAAUAUAAAUCACUAAUAAAUUAAUAACUCUAUAAACAAAUUUUUAUAGAAACAACAUGCAUAGAUAGAUAGCAUUACACACUCAUUUAAAAAGUCAUCUGUGAUACCAUUCUAUACAAGCAAUAACGAAAAAACAGGAUAUGCUAGUAAUCCAUUAAAGUGUCGUCUGUUUGAUUCGCUGUUUAUAAGUGACUCAAUUUUCCACUGGUUUUUCGUCUUAACUGUAUGAUUAAAUAUAAAAAUGGUGAGAAACCCAACUGCUAGUUAAAUGUUCAAACUGUAUCUGUAUGGUACCCAGAUGAUAAAUGGGCUAAUUUUUUUAAUAAAAUGGGAUAAUCUGAGCUCCAAUUCUCUCAAGCCGCCCCUCCCGUGUAUAGCUUUUUAUAGGAAAAGAGAUGGUUAAGUAGUUGAUGUGAGAACGAGCGGCCUUUUGAUUUUUCUAGAAAUUGACUUUGUUUUUACUUUUACGCGAUUGGAAAGGAAUUAUUGAGUUUUUUUCGUUAUUACAAGAAAUUCGAUGUUUUGUUGUACUUAUAUGUAUAUGGAGAACGUUAUUUUUUUGUUUGACUCUAAACGAUUAUUGGAAGCACCUACAAAUAAUCUGCACGCCCUAUGGGUAAGAAACUACCUCAAUAUGAAACUACUCUGCCUCAGAUUUCUUGGUAUAUCAAUCUUCAUCCCUAGUCAUUAGUGCAAAAAAUAAAGUAUAGUGUAUAAGUUUAUCCUCUUUUAUGUAACAAACUCAGGUAAAAGGAAAUUGCCCUUUUUUGCUUAAGAUUUUUUUUUGUAAAUAUCUUCACUCAGAUAUUUCAGAUUAAUUUUCUAGCUUUAAUAAGUAUAGUCUGGUGUGAGAUGUGGAUCUAAUCCACGAUAAAGAUUAAACACAAUGCAGAUUUUUAUGGAUUAAUUGAUAAUAACUAAAAUCUAUUAAUAACUUUUUGACCACGAUAAACUUUGUAAAUCUAAUCCUGAAAUUGAAUGAUAAAAGCUAUUGUGAAUUCCCACAAAAUUUGUUGAACCUAUGCUGGAGAACUCCUAAAAUUGUUUCUUAAUACUGGACUAAAUGAAAUGAACAAAAUCUGUUAACGUAAUUUCAACUAUUAUUUUCAUUUCUAAUUCGAUGAUCUUAAAUUUUUGUCAUGGCAAAUUCAGACAUCCUGAGUGUCAUGAUUUAUUAUUUUAAUUAUUUCUAAUCAGUAUGAGAAGCUAAAAUUUUUUUAAGUUGCCUUUAGAACCAUGAGUGUGAAAUUUAUUGAAUUAUGUUAUCGUAGAGAAACUGCUUUUUAAGAAAGACCUCCUCCACUUAUUUUUUGAAUGUGUCAAGCUAGGGAGCUGAAAUUCGGGUGAUGAAAUUAAUGCCUGAGAAAUAUAUUUUGGUGUAAAAGUGGUAGUUGGAAAUUUCAAGAUGCCACCCGGGCACCAUUUUGGAACAUUUUUUUUCAAAUAGAGGUGGUCGUCUUAUAUCUCAUUUUGAAGCACUUUAUAACUCUAGGAUAUAAAAUCACGAUCAUCCAAAAUGGCGAUUUGACAGGCUCUCGAAGUUGAGUGUUCUUGUUCAUUGAGUAGCUAACUCGACAACCAAUCAUCAAAACGUAUCCUAUUUCAUAUAAAUCUUCUUAUCUCGAAAGGGUCUACCAACUAUGUAAUGAAAUAUGAAAGAUUCCAAAAUAGUCAGUAUUAUUUAAACUGAACGUAUCAAAUAAUGCAAUAAUAUUAUUGCAAAUUCAAAUAUACCCUUCCAAAAUAAGAAGAUUAAUAUUACAUACUAAAACGUUUUGACGAUUAGUUACAUUGUUACAAGCGAUUCAAUGUACGCAAACGCUCGAGUUUGACACCCUGACAGUCCGCCAUUUUGAAAGAAAGUGAUUUUAUAUUCGAAGGUUAUAAAAGACUCGUAAGGGAUAAAGGGCAUCAAAAUGAGAUAUCACAUGAUCCUCCAUUCCAUUCGGAAAAUGUUAAAAGAAGUUACCCUGCCGCCAUCUUGAAAUGUUCAACAUUUAUUUCAACGUUGAAAUAUAGGAUAGUUCAAGAAGUAUGUUGGGAGGACCUUUCUGACAAGUACUGUAUAUUUUUUUAUUAUCUAGUUGAUCCAUGAAAGCCUGCCUCAGCUCAAAUAAAGUAGAUCCACAUAAAAUGUAGGUCGUAUGAACCCUGUAUGUGUUGAUUAAAAUAUUUACGUUUAGUAUAUCAUGAUAAAAGCAUACAUGCCAUAUAUUUAUAUAGAAAUAUAUUUACUGAAAACCAAAUAGCAGUAAUUUAAGCUGGCGAUACUAGUCAAAUAUGCAACAACUGAAACAAUACAGCAACUAUAUAUUACAGAUCUACCUCAAACUCGCAGUAUUUUUGCUAAAUAAAUAAACAAAUACGGGUUUUUAUAAUAUACACAGAUUUAAAUAUACAUACUAUAUAUUGUGCAGAGCAUUUUCGUUUUAAGUUACCUUAUCUACCUCAUGAAAACAUGACAUUAAUUUAUUUUUUUAUAUUUUAUAGUUUAUUCAAAUAUAUGUUUUGAUGUCUAGCAAGAAAUAUGUAGUACAAAUCCAAGAGAUAUAUCACAGUAUGCAAUACCUCAUAAUAUGCCUGCCAACUAAUAGCUUCCUCAGAUUUUUUAUACAAUAUACAAAUAUAUUUUUCUUGUAUCCUUGACUAAAUGUUAACCACACAAUCGCAACUGAAAUGCAAGUUAUGGGAUACACAAUAUAUUUCAGUUUCGAAGUUGAAACAAUGUUUUGUUAUAAUGUUAAGUUUUUUUUGUUGUGGAGCUUGGCAAAUAUUUUUCCAAAUCAACUCUCGACUUAAAUAAAAUCCAAAUGUUUUUUAUUUUUCACUGCAUUUAUUAGUAAGUAUGUUAAUGAUUUAAUAAGAAUACUAAGGAACAAAAGUGAUGAUGACACUAAGAACAAUUGAAAUUCAUUUAUGUGUUUUAGAGGACAAUAAUUUGGAAAUGCGUUGCCAAACUCCAAGUUAAUUUAGUAUUUAGAUGAUGAAUGUCGGUUACGUCAAUGUUUCAGUACAUCAAAGACUUUUUAUAAUUAUUUUUAUUCUAUGGGUGAUAUCCUUUUUUGUACUGUCACGUCGACGGGUGUGAAUGUGGCUUUAGCGAUUUUUCUGCAACGGGUAAUUUUGUUAUAGUCAUUAAUAUUCUGAGGCAUCAGGGUUCGAUUUAAAAGUUUAGUGAAAAAACCUUAGGUUAUAAAUUUUUUUAAUUUUUGCUUUAAGUUUCUAUGUAAAUACCUCAAUUUUUGUAAUUCAAAAAUGCAAGAUGUUUUUACUACACUGUUAAUUAUUGUCGGAAUAUUUAGUAAUAUUUAGCUAAGGUUAAUCACUAUGUCAUGAGGCUAAAUAUCCCUGUCACUAUAGCAACCUAAACGGUGUCAAAGUCAAAAAGCUGUACUUUUUGUGAGAUAAAUAAUACCGAUUAGCCAUUUCAAAUGGUCAACAAGAUUCAAUCCAAAAUAUGUUUUUGCUAUAGCGAUUAAAUGUUAUGAUUUUUAAUGUAAGAGGUGUUGGACCGGAAAAGCAAUGGGAAUAAAUUUGAAAAUGGUUAACAUAGUUUGGAAAUGCAAUAAAUGAAAUUGAACUGAGUGGCAUGCUGUCUGGUCUUAUCUGGCGAUUUUUUUUGAAAUAUUCACACAAUGAGUCAUCAAACCGAAUGAACUUAUGUUAGUACAAAAAAAAGUUUAGUUUUGUUUGUUUUAAUACAAACUUUGAUCUUUUAGGUUAUUUCUCACAUUCAAUAUCAUCCCGAUAAGAAUUUUUUGUUUAUUAUAUGAUCUUGACAUACAUUCUCUAGGAAAAAAAUCGUCACGUUAUGAUUUGAAAGCAAAAGUACCAGUAUGAAUUGGCAAAAAAGCGCUGGGCGUCAUAAAUGUCGGAAUUAUAUUUAAGAUUGAUGUCUUAAUUGUUUAAAUGUUACCAAGCGCACUUUGAUGUAAGACCUUUUGGCCACACACGAUUUGGAUCAGUGUUUGAACCAUCAUUUUGGUACUACUGUGUAUGAUUAUCCCCUACCUCACUAGUAUUCCCUAGCACUAGUACUGUAAUAUGUUUCGUCACAGUGAAGUGGCAAUGUUAAAUCAAUAUCUUGCAGAACAAACGUCAAGUAGUUUUCAACAAAUAAAUGUUUUCUUUCUAAAGAACACACUUUAUUUUAGGAAAAGCAGAAUUGCUUCGUAACGUAAGAAAAUAUAUGACACAAAUUAUGCUGUGACUAUUUUUUAUACAGUGCUUUUCAAAAAGCCCCCUCACUACUUGUUUUUUGUAUGAUUCAAGUUACCAUGCCCAACUUCAGGUUGAUGAAAUUCAUAAAUUAUGUAUAAUAUAUUUUAACCUAAAGGUGACAGUUGAAAAUUCAAGAUGGCUACUCUUACUAUCACUAGCAGGCUGUCAAAUUUGAGUGUUUUGAAUCGCUCAUCGCUCUACAACCAAUCAUCAUAAUGCUAUAGUGUGUUAUAUCAAUAUUCUUCUCUUGCAAGGAUGUACUUCAUGGAACAUCCCAUUUGUCAGGUUUCUAAACGCUAGAUUCCACAUUUUAUUGCAUAUUCAGAUAGACACCUCCAAAAGAAGAAUAUUGAUAUACACAACGUUGUUGAUGAUUAGUUUUUAAUAGUACUCCCUUGAGUGGGCGAAGCAAUGCACAUAUAUAUUUUAAUCUUUAUUUAUUCUACGACGUUUCGACUACAGUGGUGACCUUUUUCAAGUACAAUUAUACAAUUAAUGACUGAAUAUUUUUGUUUAUACUUAUGUCUUCCAGGUGGCCGUUUAUUCUAUAUCUAUAAUAAUUGAUUGAACAUCAUGUAGCAUGCAACAGGCUGUUUAGGAAUGAAGAAAAGGAAAAUUUGAUCAACUGACCCCUGGAAAAAAAGAUAAACAAAUAUAUACUGGCAUUGUACUUUAAACAGGCCACCGCGGUAGAAAUUAAAACAUAUAUAUGUUUGACUCCGCUAGACAAUGGAGUCUCAAAACAUAUUAAAACUACAGAAUAAGUUUCAGGAGUUACAUUAUCAGUUUUUAAGUUAAGUGAUGAAUGAAUGAACAAAAACGCUCAACUUUCACAACUCCUCAGUGUGACAUUUUAAAAAAAAUAAAUGUAGCAUUAGGUGAUUAGGAGCUUCAAAUUGAGAUAUUACAUGAUACUCCAAACUAUUUAAAUAUGCUCAAAAAUGGCAUCCAUCCAUCAUCUUUUUUAGAUAGCACUUUUACGUUAAAAUAUAAUACUCAUGCUCCAAUUUUAGAACCGUUGAAAGUCAGUUUGUUAACUAAAUCCAUCUAAAAAUAAGCACAUGGGACUUUUUGAAAAGCACUGUCUACACAGUUUAUGAUAUGCUUACAUGUUGACCGCGAAUUUUGUAACUUGACGCUUGUCAUUCCAAAAGGGUGUAAACUAAGUGAUGAGGGUGUUCUAAAUUUGAGGCAUUUAUAAUAAAUUUAGAUGUGAACAUGACAAAGCAAGCGAAAUCAGUUCUUUAGGCAAUUAUAUUUUUAAUGGUGAGAACGAUUUCCUUGUCCAAUUUAUUAAUUUUUAGUGAAUGUAUUGUUGAGAAUUUAGAAUCGCCCAAAUAACACUGCAAUAAGACUCAGGUUAUAUUUAUAUUAAAGGUUUUACAUUUUCAUGUGUGUUCGUUUUCAUAUAUGGAUGUUGAAAAUUCGCAGCAUUAUAAAUAGGUGAAUUGAUUCUUUGAUGUUGGUAUUACACGUUGUACGAGAAGUGAGAAGUAACUCAGCACUAUUGUUCAUCUAUAUGUAUGUUGCUGAAAAACCAUAUGUACAUAGAGGCACCUUAUCAUCCAUUAUAUUGUUACAAUUUAUAUGUAUAUGUGAGAGGCAACAUUUUAUUCAACUUUUGGUAGUUGGAUCGAAUGUAAAGCCCUAUGUGGCCUGAUUCUCGAAAAACAGACUACAUACUACGAUGACAUUUGAUUUUCUGCUUUUUUAAUUCUACAGACAUCAAAUUAUGUAAUUUGGCAAUUCAGUUUAUGGAUCCAACAACUGCUUCGAAGCACAUAUUUUGGAAACUUAUUUGAACGACUGUUUUUCUCACAAAGAAAAUUAUAGCCUAUAACUCUUAUGUACGAGUAUUUUUAGAUUCAUAUAUACUGACUGACGUCUUGAUGAAAUCUCUGACGCAAAUGAUAAACCUUAUAUUAUAUUUGAAUGAGCUUUGGUACCAUUUUGUCCUUGAAGCUCUGCAGUUAAGAUAGCCUGUUUUUCUUUUAUCAAACCUCAUAUUUGCAAAUCGUUAUUGAGAAGGUACCAGUACAAAUACAAAAAUCUACCUCAAGACAUAAGAGAUGUUAAGCAAUUUGCUUCACAACUAGUACAAACUUAAUAUACAAAUGUAAUCAAUUUAUUUUGUGAAGCUUGUACUACGUUUUGUUGAUCUGUCAUAUAAUUAAGGAUCAUGUUUGAUAUUUCAUGAGCUAAAAUGUAGUGUGAAUAUUAUAAACUCAGGAAACUAUCAAGUACAAACACAAUGUGUUUCAUUGCUAUACUUCAUCAGGGAAUUGUUAAAAAUUACAGUGUUUAUAUAAGUAAUUAUCCCACGUCAGCUACAUCUGUCAGUAAUUUGGCCAUCUAAAGAUUUGUGUAUGAACCUCUUCUUGCCAAUAGAAAUCCGAUAUCUCAUGAAUGACCAUCAACUUCGUAGUGACGUUGAGAAAUGGUUAAUGAAAAAUAUGUUCUGACUGCCCUAACUCCAUCCUGAGCAAUUUUAAAUGACAUUCCAAAUCUAUAUAUUUCUCAAUUCAGAGGUUGUUAUGCAUACAUUUGCUCUCAAGAUUCCAGACAAAUGUACUGACCAAAAGCAUCUAAGUAUCUACAGAUUUUAUAUGAGGUAAUAUUUAACGUUGAAUUUAAAUGUAAAAAAUUACCAAGCCACUGUGACGUCAUUUAAAAAUAAGCGCUCGUGUACUAUACAAAAAUUGCCAUGUAGUUGUCCAUACUUAGACAUGUAUUUCCUUUUUUAAAUCGAAAAAUUUGGGAAAAACUUGUCUUUUUUACAACUAUCUACACCUGACUUCAGAAUACAGAUAGGGUAUACAUUAUUGGUAAGCAAAAAUGAUAGUAAUAAUACGCUUACUAGAGUCUCGUAUGUCGCUACGUAUAUGAGACAGGAGUCAGAGGUCCAGUUUUUCCCAAAAGUUUUGUGAAAUGUGUUAGCAUAUAAAAAACAAUAUUCCAAUUAUAUGUAACCAAAAAAACUGAGUGUUCCUAUUGUCUCACUGUUCAACACUGCUCAAUUUGAUAACAAUAUGAACAACAGCAUAGCAUUAUCAAUGCUUUUGAUACUAGUUUAAAUAUGUACGAACCGAGCAGUGUAUAUAAUUGCAUGAUUCAUAAUACAUUGCCCACAGGAUGUUAAUAUACAAAAAAUAAGUUAUUUUCUCAAAAAAUGCGUUAACAAAUGAAGUUAUUUUUUACAAAAAAAAUAACAUGCUACAUGUCUUGAAAAUGGAAUAUUUUGGAGAUCAAUCUCGCAUAAAGAAACCUCUGACAUGUUUUAAAAUGCAUAUUUUUGAGCUUAAUUUUUCCGUUGGGCACUGAAUUGUGGAACAAAAAAACUCUUGUAUAAUGUUGUGCCGUUUUACCAGCAGGUUUAUAUCCCACCAUCCAAUCUACACUCCUCGUUCGUAAGGAGUAUAAAUUUAUUGUAAAUAUAUGAUUAAAUGCAAGUAAUUACUAUGUAUUCACGUUUCUGUUUUACUUAUUAAUUUUAAUAAACAAUUUGUCGUUUA